AAUGAGUACUUCGUAGUGUUUUUAAAAAUGGACGUUUGCGCGCUACCGGCUACCCGUUUCGGUUCGCUUCGCAUGUGCACUCAUUGUCCACGAUUGCUGGACCAUCACCUCCGCGACUCUAUUACCACAAUAAUAAUCGAUUAUGUAUUCAAACUAACGGAAUUCAAGCAUAUCAGGGAAAGCGCCGGAAAAGCCGCCGGUCGAUACUGUAGUCAUAGUAACGUUUGUUUCACAUGUUUGCAAGAAAGCAGAGGCGUCGUAAGGAGUGAUCGAAAUUACUGUUAUUUCAGAUAUCCCACAUUCUUUGAAGUUUUUGUAGGGCACUGGGUAACGUCAAAAUUCUCACGUGAUACCAUUAAUACCCUGCAAGUUAAUGCUGUUGGUACCAUCAAGGGAGCUUAUAAGUAAUUAUAUAAAAUUAAGGACGUUAGUUAGUGAAUUAAAUAAUAGGGUCUAGGGAGUUAAACUGUUCACAUAGAUCUCCGUCAAUCACAUUCUGCAACAAAACAAAUAUCGCGAUUUUUAAUUGGCAUAUCAGAAAUUGGACUGUAAGUAAAUGAAUGCAGUAAUAAAGUGUUGAAACAGUUUAUUUUUGAGCUUAUUCCUUUCCAGGGCAAGAAUAAAAAAUAAAAAAUUGUGCUUAGAUGGGUGGUCGAGCUCACAGCCCACGUAG